GGAUUUCUUACGCAACAUCGAACAUGAUCCUCGUGACGUCACGCCAGAGUCGGAAGUUCCAGCGCAGCAGCAGCAGAGAACAACACCGAGUUACACCAGCUUUAGUGUAAACAGCCAGAACAUGGACGACGACGUGUUAACGACUUUGAAGAUUUUAAUUAUCGGCGAGAGUGGUGUCGGUAAAUCAAGUUUGCUCCUGCGCUUCACAGAUGACACAUUUGACCCAGAAUUAGCUGCGACUAUUGGUGUGGACUUUAAAGUGAAAACUAUUGCAAUAGAUGGCAACAGAGCAAAGCUGGCCAUAUGGGACACGGCCGGUCAGGAGAGGUUCAGAACUCUAACACCAAGCUACUACAGAGGAGCCCAGGGUGUCAUUUUGGUGUAUGAUGUUACAAAGCGGGACACGUUCUCAAAGCUCGAGAACUGGCUUAAUGAACUGGAGACAUACUGUACACGCAACGACCUGGUUAAAAUGCUAGUUGGGAACAAAAUCGACAAGGACAACCGUGAAGUAGACCGGAACGAAGGCUUGAAGUUUGCACGAAAACACUCCAUGCUUUUUAUUGAGGCUAGCGCAAAGACGCGGGAUGGAGUUCAGUGUGCCUUUGAAGAACUGGUGGAAAAGAUCCUGCAGACGCCGGGGCUCUGGGAGAGCAGCAUCCAGAACCACGGUGUCCAGCUGUCCGAUGAUGAACAGCAGCGUCAGGGUGCCUGUGGGGGUUACUGCUCCCUGGUUUAACAUCCUCACCUCAACCCAAGAACCACAAACUGAGAUGGAAAGCACCGUUUUCUUCCUUCUGAAUGAGAGCUUCCUCUGAGGGGGAAUGGUCUGCUCCCUUAGAGCUGGUCAAAGGGACCUUUGCAGUUUGCACACUCUGUGUCACUCAAUGUUGUUUUAUUCUGUCCCAGGAUUCUGUCAUGUUAUUCUCGAUAUGUGUAUCACAGUGCUACAUUACCUGUAGCCAAUGUAAACCGUUAUUAUGCAAAAUAAGUCCUUUUGAAGAUUACACCCUGAGCAUGUUGAAAUAUGCCAGAUAUAAUGCUCUCCCCCACCCCUAGCAGGACGGCAGAGUUGACGCGCUUCCCCCUCAAUGGGAGUGCUGCCUUUGACCUGAUGUAUGUAGGCCAAUAGGAUUCUAGGAGGGGAGGGGCCGAGAAACGGCAGGAUCUGAUCAGUGUGAUGAACUCAUUCAACAUGGACGUUAUCAAAUGUCCUUUGUACCUGUAUUACAUUUCAUCUGCUUAACACAUCCUCUGCUGCUCUCAUUUUAAUCUCCAGCUUUUUAUUUAAAUUCGUAUUCCCAUGUUAUUUUUUAUAAUAUUUGGCCUUAGAAAUAUUGCUUCGCAUGAUUCUACCUUCUUGAAUAGUUUGAAAUAUUAUUUUGUAAAUAACAGGUCUUCAGUAGCUGUUCUGAAUCAUAAUUCACACAGUAAUCUAUGAAACGCAGUUUAGCUCCAGCUCUCAUGAGUUGAGAUACAUUAAGCAUGUUUAAAAAUGUAAUCUAUGAUGAAUUUUGUCUGAAUAACACGUGAGAUGAUCCAUUUUA